CACGUGCAACGGCAACUUCUGUCGUUAGUAUAAAAGGCUGGCUGAGCACGUGGUGCUAAAGUGGUCGCUGUCUGACUGAUUCAAGGAUGUCUACCGAGCACUCACUGUUAGCGUUGCUUGCCUUCGCGGCAAUUGUUAAGGCAGAUAUUCCGGCAGGCUAUAUCUUGAAAAUUACGCCGAAUUGUGGCGCUAACGGUGUUUCGGAUGGGUCGGUGGCGAUAGUGACGGAUCUGAACGCGGACGCCAGGGCAGUAUGUGCGGGAGGGUUGAGCGUUGCCUUUGCUACCGUUGACGGAGUUAAUUUCAAUCUUCCCUUCUCGUUUUUCGGCAGGAAAAGUGGCCAGCCUUGCGUUUUUGUCAGACGUCCAAACUCCAAGAUGUAUGCUGCUAAGGUUAUCGUGUCCUAUGGUGAGCCGGGAAGCCUGCUGCAUCAAUACACGGAGGAAUACACCAUCUCGUGCUCGUUUGGUUCUAAAGGAAAGGACGUCAGUGCUGUACAGAGCAUAGGCAAAACGCUGAUGGCACCCAAAGAGAUUCAAACCAACAUUGGAAGGUCAAGUAGCUCGCCCAUCGUUUUGAGGAUGCUUGAUGUCCUUGGACGGGACAUGACUGGGGUCACGGUCAACCAUGGCCGGAAAGUGUGCCUCAGUGCUACGUUUAGCGGUCCCGAGAGAGGCAUUCGCCCCGUGUCUUGUGACGCUAUCGACAGUUCGAAUGCUCGCUAUGCUAUUCUAAGAGCAGGUUGCGGGGAUGGAAUAGUGUUCCCCAAGAACAAAGGUUUCACGACGACGGGCAAGACCACCACCAGCUCUACCUUCAAGGCUUUCAGCAUCAACACCGACACGUCGCUCAAGUUCGAGUGCAACUUCACUCUGUGUGCCUCUGGGUGUAAUGGCAAUUCCUGUGCUAAUGCACGGCGUCGCCGAGCUGCAAUCGCCAGGGAAGACGAUAAAAAAUUCGUAUUAGCAGCGACCGACUCCUUAGACUUAAGCGGUGGAGCCAAACCUCGUCCUGUCGGAACGGUAGAACGCGUCAAACACCGGUCACCUUGACGACGCUCUGUACUAAACUGGUUGUGGGAGAAAUAAAUACAAAAAUCUU